GGAUUGAAGUUUUGUAGAUUACUGAUCAGCAUUAUUAUAUCAACUUACGAUUUGGAUGAAUCAAAAUCUCUUCCUGCUUCGCCAAUAUGGGUCGGGUGAAAUUAGAAAUCAAGAGAAUAGAGAACACAACGAAUCGACAAGUUACGUUUUCAAAACGUAGAAAUGGUUUGAUUAAGAAAGCUUAUGAAUUGUCGAUUCUUUGUGAUAUCGACAUUGCUCUUAUCAUGUUCUCUCCUUCUGAUCGCCUUAGCCUUUUCUCCGGAAAAACUCGGAUUGAAGACGUUUUUUCAAGAUUCAUCAAUCUUCCUAAACAAGAACGAGAGAGUGCUCUAUACUUUCCUGACCAGAAUAGACGCCCAGAUAUUCAAAACAAAGAGUGUCUACUAAGGAUUCUGCAGCAACUCAAGACUGAAAAUGACAUCGCUCUUCAAGUCACGAACCCUGCAGCUAUCAACUCUGACGUCGAGGAACUUGAGCAUGAAGUUUGUAGGUUACAACAACAACUCCAAAUGGCAGAAGAAGAACUAAGGAGAUACGAACCGGAUCCAAUAAGAUUCACGACCAUGGAGGAAUACGAAGUUUCUGAGAAGCAACUUCUCGACACUCUAACACAUGUUGUCCAACGGCGAGACCAUCUCAUGAGCAACCAUUUAUCUUCGUAUGAAGCAUCUACUAUGCAACCAAACAUUGGUGGUCCUUUUGUAAAUGACGUCGUUGAAGGUUGGCUACCUGAAAAUGGGACCAAUCAAACCCAUUUGUUUGAUGCAUCGGCCCAUUCUAACCAACUCAGAGAAUUAUCAUCGGCAAUGUAUGAACCAUUGUUGCAAGGAAGUAGCUCAAGCUCGAACCAAAACAACAUGAGUGAAUGCCACGUGACGAACCACAAUGGUGAAAUGUUCCCUGAGUGGGCUCAGGCGUAUUCAUCCUCGGCCUUAUUCGCUUCUAUGCAGCAACAGCAUGAAGGUGUGGGUCCCAGUAUAGAAGAGAUGAUGCCAGCUCAGCAGAGUGAUAUUCCGGGAGUGACGGCGGAGACACAAGUUGAUCAUGAAGUCUCCGACUAUGAAACAAAGGUUCCUCAACUCAGUAGCCAAUAAUGUAUUAUUUAUUUAUGUAUACCAUUUUUAAAAAUUUAUUCAUAUUUUUUUCCAACAACCCAUAAAAAAGUGAACUUUUUUUUGCCAUGAGAAGACGAUGAAGAGUCGUGUUAUUUUUGUAUACUAUUCUUUUUGGCAACACCAUUUUAUAGUUUUAUGGGCGAAAAGCAAAUCAA